AUGGAGGCGGCCCUCACCCGCAGCGCACAGGGCGGCGACGCCCUGUUCGCCGGCGACGACCCCUUCUCGCCGCCCGCGCCGCCCGUCGCGGCACUCAAAGCAAAAGUCGCCAGCAAACUCCACGCCUACGCCGCAACCCGCCCGGCGCCGGGCGCGGCGCCGACCGGCUGCUCCGACGAAAAGGAGCGGCGCGCGUACGUCGACGAGCUCGCGGCCGCGCUGUCGGGCGCGCGGCGGCGGAAGCGCGCCAAGGGCGCGAAAGCCGAAGCCGAGCCGCCGGCGCCGGCCGAGGGCGGCGCGAUCGUCGUGCGCGGCGGCACGGCGACGGCCGGCGCCAAGGGCGGGGCGCUCGCGGUGCCGCUGCGGCGGCGCGCGGCCGCCGUGCCCGUGCCGCAGUGGCAUGCGCCCUGGGCGCUCCACGCCGUGGCGAGCGGCCACCUGGGCUGGGUGCGCUGCGUCGCGUUCGACCCCCAAAACCAGUGGUUCGUCACGGGCUCGGCGGACCGCACCAUCAAGGUCUGGGACCUGGCAAAGUGCUCCGCUGGCGCCCAGGGCGGCCUAAAGCUCACGCUGACGGGCCACGUCGGCGCCGUGCGCGGCCUCGCGGUGUCGCCGCGGUCCGCGUACGCCUUCUCCGCGGGCGACGACAAAAAGGUGCUGUGCUGGGACUUGGAAACGAAUAAAGUGGUAAGACGCUACCACGGCCACCUGAGCGGCGUCUACUGCCUCGCGCUGCACCCGACGCUCGACCUGCUCUUCACGGGCGGCCGCGACAGCUGCGUGCGCUGCUGGGACCAGCGCACGUCGAAGCAGGUCAUGAUGCUCGGCGGCCACCAGGCGACGAUCAACAGCGUCGCCGCGGCGGCGACGGACCCGCAGGUCGUCUCGGGCUCCGCGGACAACACCGUGCGGCUCUGGGACCUCGCCGCGGGCAAGACGCGCGCGACGCUGACGCACCACAAGCGCGGCAUCCGCGCCGUCGCCUGCGCGCCCUUCGACGGGAGCUUCGUCUCGGCCGCGGCCGACGCGGUCCGGACGUGGCGGCGCAAGGACGGCGCGCUGCUGCGGACGAUGCGCGGCCACAACGCCGUGCUGAACGCCUGCGACGUCAAUUCCGCGGGCGUGCUGGCGACGGCCGGCGACGACGGCUCGCUGCGCCUCUGGGACUACCGGACCGGGUACAAUUUCCAGCGGCUCGAGACCGUCGCGCAGCCCGGCUCGCUGGCCUGCGAGGCCGGCAUCUACGACUGCGCCUUCGACCGCUCGGGCACGCGGCUCAUCACGUGCGAGGCGGACAAGACGGUCAAGAUCUGGAAGGAGCAGGCCGAGGCGGACCCGGAGAGCCACCCGAUCGACAUGGAGUCCUGGACGAAGGAGUGCCGGCGGCGGCGGUGAGGUAUGAGCUAGGAGUAAAGGAAGAACAUA